UUUUUCGUAUAAAUACGAAGCUGUUGUAGAAUUUUCAGCUCAUUUCAAGUUUUUCUUUUGAAUCGUUUGUGCUAGUCUUUCUCUAAGAGUGCGACAAUGUUCCGAUUCCUCGUGAUCGCUGCCUGCCUGGCCAUCAGUGUCCACGCCUACUCGGAAGGCGCUCCCAAGGCCGCCUGUCGGGACCUGACGCCACAGCACGGGGCUAAGCUGCAGACGGAGAAGCCCCCGUACAGAAUAGAUGGUCCCCCGCACGUCCUACACGGCCAGAAACUAGAGCUUGCCCUCGGCGGUGAUGAGUUCCUUGGCUUCAUGAUCCAGGCCCGCGACGGACAGAACCGGGUGGUGGGCCAAUUUAAGGUGGUCGAUUCCGCCCAUUCCCAGACACUGGACUGCUCGGGCGAGGCAGACACGCUGACUCACCUGAAGGCCACCAAGGGCAGUCCACUGACUAGCGUCAAAUUCGAAUGGAUCCCACCAGCAGGCUACAAGGGCAACGUCAAGUUCAUGGCUACUGUGGUACAAACUGGUUUCGUCUACUGGGUGGGACGAGUCACCAAAGACCUUGACGUGGAGUAACUGCAGUAACUCAGUAUUUGUGAUAGAUAUUUCAUAAUCUAUAAUGGAGUUGACCGUUAAUGUUCCAAAUCAAUUUGGAACCAAGUAUUUUUUGGAAUAAAGUCAACAGUUAAUGAAUUUCUUUAAA